CCGCGGCAUUUCCAAACCGCCAUUGCACUUUUCUCUCGACGCUUCAAACAAGCAACACAUCCUACAAACGAGUCAAAUAAUAAACAGCAAAUAACGUAAAAAUUGUGAUUCUAAUAUAGUAAAAAUAUAGUAAAGUAAUUUAGUAAAGUAAAACAUACACAACUUCAAAAAUGUCGCAAUUUAACUUUGUGAGUGACCUGCAAAAUGCCCUAGUGAUGGACGGGGACACGCGUGGUCCUGCGCCCCGCUGGAAGAAGAAGCUGGAGGCGUCCAUGAAUGGAAGUGCAAACACCACACGUUCUGUGCUUUCCGUCUCCUAUAACACUAGUUUCUCCGGCGUCCAGGCGUCGACAAAGACGCCCGGCAAGAACUCUGAAGCCAAAGCAAAAAAAUCCAUGACAACGCCAUCCAAGACGCCUGGAGGCGGCGAUCGUUUCAUUCCAAAUCGCGCCGCAACCAACUUUGAGCUCGCGCACUAUCUGGUGAAAAAGGAUGAAAAGUCAGACGAGGAGAACGAUGAGCAACCCACGGGCAGCAACAACGAUAACAAUGUACAGGCAUCGGCGCCCAAGAGUGAUCACCAGAAGCUUAUUACAGAAGCAGCGCAAGUGAGUGGAGACAACGCCAAGAGUGGACGCAUUUUGUGCUAUCAGAACAAAGCACCUGCUGCGCCUGAAUCGCACACAAAUCCUCUAAAGGUUGUCUAUUCUCUGAAGACGCCCAUAUCGACCAAGAGCGGAUCACGUUACAUUCCAACCACCUCGGAGCGCAUACUUGAUGCUCCCGAUUUUAUCAACGACUACUAUCUCAAUCUGAUGGACUGGAGCGGCGAUAAUAUUGUGGCCGUCGCUUUGGGUAAUUGUGUAUAUCUGUGGAAUGCUGCCACUGGAAAUAUUGAGCAGCUCAACGAGUAUGAGGAGGGCGACUAUGCAUGCGCACUCUCCUGGAUCCAGGAAGGUCAAAUACUGGCUAUUGGCAAUAGCACUGGCGCCGUCGAGUUGUGGGACUGCUCCAAAGUAAAGCGUCUACGUGUGAUGGACGGUCAUGGUGCUCGAGUUGGCUCCUUGGCAUGGAACUCGUAUCUAGUGUCGUCGGGCAGCCGUGACGGCACCAUUAUUCAUCAUGAUGUCCGCUCACGAGAGCACAAACUAUCCUCAUUGAAUGGCCAUGCCCAGGAAGUGUGCGGGCUCAAGUGGUCCACCGACUUCAAGUAUUUGGCCAGUGGUGGCAACGAUAAUCUGGUUAAUGUCUGGUCGCUGGGCAGCAGUGGAGUGGGCACUGCACAGGAGCCACUCCAUAAAUUCACGGAGCAUCAGGCGGCUGUGCGCGCUUUAGCCUGGUGUCCUUGGCAGACAAAUACUCUGGCUUCGGGAGGUGGGACUGCGGAUCGUUGCAUUAAGUUCUGGAAUGUGCACAAUGGUUCGCUUAUUAAGUCUGUGGACUCCAAAUCGCAAGUGUGCUCGCUGCUCUUUUCGCGCCACUACAAGGAGCUGAUUUCGGCACACGGGUUUGCCAACAAUCAACUGACAAUCUGGAAGUAUCCAACGAUGGUGAAGCAGGCGGAUCUAACCGGACACACGUCGCGUGUUCUCCAAAUGGCCAUGUCUCCGGAUGGCAGCACAGUGAUUAGUGCUGGGGCGGAUGAAACGCUGCGUCUUUGGAAUUGCUUUGCACCCGAUCCAAUGGCGGCCAAGAAGGUGGCCAAUGUGAACAGCAAUGCCAAGAAGAGCGUUUUCCGUCAGAGUCUGCGUUAGGACUACUUUAAUCUCAUCGUCUAAUAUUUAACUAGCUAAAAAUUAAUGUACUAGGAAUUUUAAGACACCAAUUGAUGUUUGAUGCAUUUUGAUUUAGCUUAUAUUUGAUAAUUUAAGAAUGUGCAUUUCUAUUAUGUGUAUUUCAUUAUGUUUUUAUUUAUGUGACACAUACUUUUAUAUUGUAAUAAACCUUAUGUAUUUCAUUUCGAAA